CUACCUGUGGUAAACCAGGCCUACGACUCAGACUCCGUUACGAAGCCCGACUGUCCCAGUUCAAAAACAUCCAUCACGGCCUUUGACUACUCAAGCCUACUCGGAUUGCUCCUGUUUCCUGUUUGCAUUUUCGCUCGUUUGUAGAGGUAGCUAUGUUUUUCCUCCAUAAACCGGUUCGACCAUAGAUCAGUCCAUCCAUAGCAAAACCGUUUCGUCCAUAACCAUAGCCGUUUCGUCCAGAGAAAUAAUAUUUAUGCGUUUUAAAUUGACGGAUAACACGCACAAAACUGUUCAAGCAUCUUGGCAAUGACUGACAUGGUGACCGAUCUUCCCGUGUAUUUAUCAGUUUGCUUUGCACUAUUUGCCAUCUUUGGCUCAGUUUUUGCAUACUCGUGCUAUUUAUUCUACGUUCAUCGGCUGUACAGUCACAUCCCUUCACCUCCAAGAGACAGUUUCUUCUUCGGCCACGUCCCCUACAUCAGGCGAGAAAGAACGAGAGGAAGAGAAAUACACGAAGUCGUGAUAGAAUGGACCAACAAGUAUGGUCCUAUUAUUGUCUUCUGGGCUUUCCACAAUCCUGUUGUAUUCGUGGUAUCUCCAGAAAUGGUAAAAAAGGUCUUAGUGACUUACGAUCUUCCAAAGUCGACUCGAGUUUACGAAAAAUUGCAGUUUGUUUACAACCAGCGAUGUACAGGCCGUGGAAUCCUUACAGAGCCUGAUCCGUCAGCCUGGCACAAGAAAAGAACGCUGCUAAACCCUGCUUUUCAUAGGAAAAACCUCAUGAACUUGAUGUCACCUUUUAACGUGAUAUGCGAGCGAAUGAUUGACAAGCUGUCACUCAUCAGUGAUGGGAAGACCCAGGUGGACUUGGCUGAUGAGCUGUCUCGGACAACUUUGGAUGUUAUUGGAAAAGUUGCAUUUGACAUAGACCUAGAUGCAAUCAAGGAUGAUAACACCCCAUUCCCCUCAGCCAACUCUUCUACCCUCAUGGGAAUACAGCAGCAAUUCCGCAGCCCCUUCUGGCGCAUCAACCCUUUCAUGUAUCCUUACCAGCAGAAAGUUAUCAAGGAUAUCAAAUUUCUUCGGGAAUUUGGAGAGAAGGUUAUUCUCAAACGGAAAGCUGCCAUUGAGAAAGGAAUGGAUAUGCCUAAGGAUGUGUUAAACCACAUAUUAUACAUGUGCAAGGAAGAUGUGAAUGUUCCAAUGGAAGAGCUGGUUGAUGAUUUUGUUACAUUCUUUAUAGCAGGACAAGAAACAACCUCCAAUCUUCUUGCCUUUACUGUCUUUGAGAUUGGAAAUAACCCAGAUAUUGAGCAGAGAAUUCAGAAUGAGAUAUCUAAAGUGCUUGGAUCUCGUCAAUUUGUUGAGUAUCAAGACCUCGGGAAACUCCAGUACCUUGGUCAAACACUGAAAGAAAGCCUACGCCUCCACCCUCCUAUUCCUGGUUUCUCACGCUUCACCCCUGAUGCCAUUGAGCUAGGAGGCUAUGCAAUCCCAGCAAAUACUGGUAUUGCAGUGGAUGUAUUUGCCACACACAGAUACCCUGGUGUCUGGACAGAGCCAGAUAAAUUUAAUCCACAUAGAUUUGGGCCAGGAAGUGAUGACACUAUCACAAGUUCUAUGUUUCUACCAUUCGCUAAUGGUCCAAGAACUUGUAUUGGUAAAAUGUUUGCAGAGUUUGAGGCAAAGGUAAUAAUGGCCAGGUUGUACCAGGAAUUUAAGAUCAAGCUUGUUCCUGGCCAGAAGCUGUUGUAUGAUUUGCAUUUAACCAUGAGGCCAAAGGGAGGAGUGCUAUGUACGUUGGAUAAGAGAUGAAGUACUUGGUAUGGAAGUCCUAUUGUAGCUGUCCUUACUCAGAGUUGCGUAUGGCAUUCGAAAAAUGUGGAAUGUCUAAAUUUUAUAAUGAUAAUACUAAUAAUAAUAAUUAUAGUGAUAAUGAUAUAAUUGAUAAAAAUGAUAAUAUUGAUAAUAUUUAUAAUAAUGAUAAAAUGUACAAUGUACAAUACCUUAAAAAGGAUAUUUCCUAAGUUUUGUUUAUGCAGGUCUUUAGGCCUUUUAGGGACCUUUUCAAUGUAAACAAGAUCUUGCAUGCAAGAUUUUAGUAUUGCUAUUGUCCGAACAUUCCUCUUUUCUCGGUUUUUCGCUGGGCUGGCGUUCAUGAGGAAAAGUCUCUUUUCCUCGCAAACGUCAGCCCAGCGAAAUACAGAGAAAAGAGGCCUAUGCUAGCAGGGAAGUCCAAACAUAGACUAGUGAAGACAGCUAAAGUGAAGUUGCGUCUGACUUAUUACUCUUAACACCAACGGCAAGGAUGUAUUAUUAAAAACAAGACGCUUGGGCGUUUAUUGGGGUGAAGUCUGUAAAAGAUGGAGUGUUUAGAACCUCAUAAAUAAUUUCCAUGAUUAACAAUUGUAUCUAGGGUUUGUGAAUUACAGUAACAACAGAAAAGCAAAUGGAAUAAAACGAAAUAGCACAG